UUAUCACUUUCUGAUGGCUGGUUUAGCAUAUUUAAGCCCAGGAAAUAAUUAGCGAUGUCCGUAUGUGCACAGAGCCGGAGCUGAGGAAGGUCUUCCUUCCUAUCCUGGGCAGGUGGGGGAUCGUACAUCUGGGAGGGCCUGGCUUUAGCGUUAGUUUGACCAUGGAUGUUGGAAAAGACCAACAUGCCCAAACUGCAGCUUAAUGGAGUUUUUACAUGAACCAAAAUGAAGGAUUGAGGUAGCCACGACCAGCGGGAUGCCCAAGAAGUUUCAGGGAGAAAACUCCAAGGCGGCUGCUGCACGGGCCCGCAAGGCGGCCGUGCAGAACGAGAAGCUAGCCGCCAAGCAGAAGGCAGAGGAAGACGCCUACUGGGAAGAUGAUGACAAGCACGUCAAGAAGAAACAACAGAGGAAGGAUGACAGAGACAAGAAGCGCGAGGAGCAGUCUUCCAGGAAGCAGGAGGCUCGUCGCCUUCUGGAAGAGGAGGAAGCGACCAUCAAGGCCUCCACCAAGACAGCCAAGCCGAGCAAGCUGACACGAGCUCAGAUACAGACCGAUCAGGAGAGAAUAGCCGCUGCAGAGGCUGCAGAGAAAAAGAAGCGAGAACCCACCACACACUUAGAUGCACCCUUGGAGGAGAACCCUAACCUUGUACUGGCUGAGCAGGCAGCGGACGGCUAUGCCGUAGGCAGGAACGUUGAAGAAGCCAUCAGCGCACUCAGCGUUGACGAGCCUGCCUCAGAGAAGCACCCCGAGAGGCGCAUGAAAGCCGCCUAUAAGGCCUUUGAGGAGUUGCACCUCCCCCGACUGAAAGCCGAGAACCCCAAUCUGCGAAUGUCCCAACUCAGGCAGAUGCUGAAGAAGGACUGGGCCCGUUCCUCGGACAAUCCGCUGAACCAAAGAACGGCAGCGUACAACACCAAAUGAAACCUGGAGAAUUAAGCCAGCGGAGGUACUAAACGAACAAGAGCAUUGAAGAGUGUGACGGGAGGAAGGUAUUAAUCUUUGCAAGAACCCAGGACACCUGUCUCUGGUCCAUGAAAUUACACCAGUAUGCAGACUGCGGUAAUUUCCUCACCACCACUCUGGACCUGUUGCAUAGUGAGACUCGUCUGAAAAGGAGUGGUCGUUGUUUUGCCUUACAUUGGUCUCAAUUGCAUAAAUUCAAUUUUAUUAUGAGUCUGCACACUCUAGCAGAAAAUGUCCUGCUUGAUGAUGAUGCAGUUGUCAUUUGCAUGGGUCAAUCACUUAUUUCGGCUUGCCGUCGGCUGGACCUAUCUUGACAUCUCACAAGCUUUCUGCCGAUGGUAAAGACAAGUAGACUGCAAACACGCGUCUAGUUUCUUCCAAAUCAAAAAAAGAAGCAAAGCUGGACUGGAAUCAACCAGGACCGUGACAUGCGAGAGGUUGUCUUGGAGUUGGGGUUGCAGCAGAAUAUGUUUGAGCUGUUAUGCAUAGACUGUAAUGUGGAUAGGUCUGAACAACAUGAUUGAAGUAGUCAGCCAAUAUGGGCGUUUCUUAAUAGUGUGCCUCCAGGAGUUUGCAACGCGUUGGCCAAUUCACAGUGUGCGAUUGGCCAACGCGUUGUUUUAGGUCUUGGUGGCACACUAUUGUGAAUCGCCCAUAUUACUAAUGUACUGCACAGGAACCUCCCACAUUCCCCUUAUAAAGCCUCAGUUGUUGUGUGCUUAUUGUGACUCUGCCCCAGCAUAUCCAAAGCUGAAUUUGGCAAGUGUCAAAAUGGACUUGAAUAUAAUUCAUGAGAUCAGGAACCACCGAGAAUGCCGACAAUCAAAAAAUGGGAAAAACAAUUCUUAUUUUAGAUAUCGCCGAUAAGAAAAAUUGUGCAUGUUUUUCUUUUACUGUUUGGUUUGGUACUUGGGGAUGAAAAGAAUAUUUGAGUUGUGGAGAUCGGUCUCUCCAUCAGGUGGCAGCAAGGCUGUGAAAUGAGAUGACAGAGGUCCUUACUAAACUUGCAACAAAAAUACAUCUCUUCUUGCAUGGGUGUAAAUGCACCUGUAAUCAUUAACGAUUUAUUAUGUACAACCUUUAAUGUGCAAUUUGGACUAAUUCAGAUCCCUAUGUCUCAUACUUUAUCCCAAGCUGUGAGAAAACUUUGAUGACGGAAAGUUACAUUCCCAACCGAAGUCAAACAUGAACCAGUUACCUCACUACCGGUGUGCAUGCCUAACAUGGUGUUUUGGUUGGUAAUCUGUUCUUGCCAUUUAGAUUUUCCCCUGCAUCCGUCUCUGCUUCACAAUUUGAUGCCAUUAUCAGGCCCUGCCGUAUGUUUUUGUUCCUGUCUAUAGGAUCAUACAUUGUGUGUUUGUUUGUUGAUUGCUUUGUGCAAUUAAAGCAGAUCUUUUUCAUUAUCAAGGAGAAGAAGGAAGCUUGUUGCAAACUCAUCGUUUCUUUUCCCCCUCCGUUGUUCAUUUUCUCCUGCUUUUGAAGCAUUUACCACUUUGCUCUUAAACUUCAAAAAGACACUGAGUGUCAUUGUUGAUCCAAAUCAAAGAAGUAACAUCUGUGUUUUUCUUUAGCACUCAUAAAUACCUCAGACAUGCAGUCAUGCCCAAUACAACUGAGCAUGUUACAAGCAUCUUACCGAGUCGGAUGUUUACUUUUCACUGUCUCUGCCGUUGACCUCCUUGGGCACAGCUCACUGAUCUGUGUUCUAUGAAUAAUUGUGUAUCAUGCUCAGUACAUAUGCCCGGCAAGAAA